AGCUUAAUUAAAUUGAAAAUAAUUAAACGACAAAUAAUUUUGCCAAAAUGAUUAAAUUUCGUUAUAAGCGUAAAGAUCCCACAAAUGUGGUUCCUGCCACAACUACAGAAACAACAAAUACAACAGCUAAUACUGCUACAGCCACAACGAAACUAAAAACCAAAUCAAAUACCUUGCCGACAACGACGAUAGCAACAACAACAACAUAUCCGAGUAACAACAGGGAUUUCAAUAGUGCAACCAAAGAAAACUUUAAACCCCUAAACGCAAACAUCAAUGGUGUUAGCAAUUUCUAUGCAACAUCACCGCCACGUUCUCAAACCUCCACACCCAUAAAUAUUAUUAGCUCGGCGCCACAGAAACUCCAACAUCCGCAACUUUGUCAAUUGAUAAGCAAUAAUGGCACUUUGCCACGCAGCAGCCCAAAGAAAACCAUUGAAGCAUACGAUGGUCACAACAAAUCGGCCACAUUGACACGCCAAUCAAACAGUAGCCGCAAAGUGAGUGCACUGGCCAAAGUAGCCUCCACGGCUGAGUUGGUUGGCAUAGGCUAUACCAACAUCAACACAAUGGCAGUUGGUAAUGGUUUGCCUGCGGAAGUGUUAGCGGAACGUGAUAGAUGUAUCAGUGCUGUGAUUGAACUUUUUCAACAAUUGCAAACUAGUUCAGAGCCUGCGUUGUGCCCUGAACCUUUGCGACGCGCCUUGGCAAGUGGUCCAUUAGCUGGUCGACGUUUUCCCUUAGGAUGCUUGGGUGAUGCAGCUGAAUGCUUUGAGCUAUUACUACAUCGCGUCCAUUCACACAUUUCCGAUAGCGAUGGCGAUGCUUGUGAGUCCCAAGCCUGCAUUGCUCACAGACGCUUUGCUAUGCGCGUUAUUGAGCAAAGCGUUUGCAAAUGUGGUGCCAAUUCUGAGCAACUGCCAUUUACACAGAUGGUGCAUUAUGUCUCCGCAUCGGCACUGACCUCACAAAAUAGUUUGGCUAUGCAAAAUCAUCAGCAAUUAACUUUUGGUCAAUUAUUACGCGCGGCAGGCAAUAUGGGUGACAUCAGAGAUUGUCCGAGUGCUUGUGGCGCUAAAAUUGGUAUAUGUCGCGCCUUACUUAAUCGGCCAGACGUUGUUUCCAUUGGCAUCGUUUGGGACUCAGAAAGACCAGCAGCAGAGCAAGUACAUGCCGUACUUAAAGCAAUAGGCACAAAUUUACGCCUUUCUGACGUUUUUCAUCAAGUGUCAGAACAGCGCUGGGCUCAUGGAGUGCAACAUGAGCUCGUUGGUAUUGUUUCCUACUAUGGGAAACAUUACACGACUUUCUUCUUUCAUACUAAGCUCAAAGUUUGGGUUUAUUUCGAUGAUGCCAACGUAAAAGAGGUUGGUCCAAACUGGGAAGGAGUAGUUGACAAAUGCAGUCGUGGUCGUUAUCAACCGUUGUUGCUUUUGUAUGCUGUUCCUCAACCAGCAACGGCGCCACAAAUAGCUCAACAAUACUUACAGGAGUUGAGUGCACAAUCCACAGUUGUACGUCGUGCAAUUACACCAAGUCCGGAAAAGCCCAAUAUGGGUAACACACGUCGUGCUAUUACGCCUACACCAUUACGUUCGCCCAAUGACUAUCAGAACCUAAGUGUUAUACAAAAGAAUAUAUUUUCUACCGCACAGAAUAAAGGCAAUGAUGAGACUGACGCUUACAUAAGUCGUAAAACUGUUGAACAUGUAUUGCAUGCACAAUACCAGAAUCUCAACGUCAUACAGGACAAAAUUUUUGCUAAUGGUACAGCCAUUGAUGAGAAAGAUGGCGCUUAUCUUAAUCGCAAGCCCAUUGAAAAUGUACUUAACGCACAGCUCGCACGUAAGCAGCAUUUGCAAUUACAGCGCAGCCACAGUGCUGAAUCGGGACAUAUAAGCGGUUCCUCAAAUGGUUCAUCACCACCAAGUGAUGGUCUUACCAUGCCAGAUCAUCUUAAUCAGCCACGUCGUCGUGAUUCUGGUAAUUGGUCCGGUGAUCGCAACAGUGCCAGCUCUGCUUCAUCGACUACUUUGGAUAAUCCCUAUUUAUAUAUGGUAGGCAAACGUGGUCCACCUGCUGUACCACCAAGUCCAACACGUAAUGGUCUACCAUAUGAUCCGGGUUAUGAUUCAUUUUCAUUGAGCUCCACUGAUUCAUAUCCACCUAAACAUCCACUCAAUCCACAAUUGGCAAAAAUACCAGAAACCACCUCAGUUGUGCUUUCCGGCGAUUGUGAAAAGUUGUGUCAUGAAGCCGAUCAACUGCUCGAGAAAUCACGUAUAGUUGAAGAAUCACAUGAUCUUGAAACUGCUUUAGUUCUCUGCAAUGCCGCAGCUGGACGUGCACGUGCAGCAAUGGAUGCACCAUAUAGCAAUCCCCACACUAUGACUUUUGCGCGCAUGAAACACAACACUUGCGUUAUGCGAGCACGUAGUUUGCACCGUCGCAUUUUGGUCGAAAAAGGCGCUGAUAUGGAUGUGAUGUUGCCUGAAACGAAGCACACACGCGAAGGUAGCAACAGCAGCGUUAAACACGUUCGUCAAAAUAGUAAAGAUAAAACUUUGGAUAAACCUACUCCAAUGGCGGUACCAGUCACAAAUAACAAUAAAAGCAUUGAGAUCUAUGCCACAUUGCCGAAGAAGAAAAGUCCUCUUAAAACGCUAGCUACAUCAAUUGGAAAUGAUGAGAACGCCAUUGAGUACGAAAGUUCGCAGCCUAUCAAACAAGAACGUGAAGGACGAUCUCUAUUUGGACGCAGUAAUAAGCAAGAAAAGGAUAAGCGCAGUCGCAGCGAGGACCGUAAUAAACUGACGCGUGAGUUCUCAUUAACUGAAACAUUGUUGGUCAAUCGAGGGAAAUACGAGAAAAUCAACAAAAACAAGAAUAAACUCAGUAACAAAGUACACGGUAAGCAAAACAAGUUAUCAAACGUACAACAACCGCUUUUGACUGAGCCAACAGUAAAAAUUACUAAUACACACCAACACACCAACAACCAACACACACAGUUACUAACAACUGGCACCGACAAUAACUAA